AUCACAAAUAUCUAAAUACAAAAUAAUCUAACAUUUCCUAAUGCUAUUCUUAUCCGUAUUCAAAUUUAAAGAUUAUGAAUGAAAAAUUUAAAAAUUCUCAUAAUGUCAAAAUGGAUAGAUACACUCUUAAAGUCUUGCAGCCACAUUUGAAUCCCAAAUAUAAUGAAAAUGUAGAAACAAAUGAAAAUAUAAAUAUUAACAACAAGAAGGUGAACAAAAAUCCUGUCAACAAAAAUGGUUUAAACAAAUCUAUAAUUAAGAACAUAAAUUCACAUAUUGCAUCAAAUGAUAUUGUUUCUAACCUAUAUAAUAACAUAAAUGCUAACAAAAUAUGCUUAAAAAGGCCAGAAAUUAAAAGAUAUAUUCCACCUGGAAAAAGAUUUGAUCACCCUAAAGCUGAAAUUGAUCCCAAUAUAUUAGCUAAAACAAAAGAAAAUUUAUCUUUGAUUAAAAAAUGUGACAUAUUUCCUGUUAGCUUAAAUUCAUUAUCUCAUUCAAAUAAUUCUCAUGACAUAAAGAAGAUUAAAAGUGCAAAUAUUUCAAGAUCUCAACUUAAAUCCAAAAUAUCUCAUGAAAUACUUGAUAAAAUAAAUUCAAUUACAAAUCAUAAUCAAAAUUUACCUGAUUACAAAAAACAAAUUAAGUCUGAACAUACAUUAAUUAAUGAUAUUUCCAUAAAUCCAUUAGAAAAAGUAAUUUGCCUUAAAAAAAUUGAAUUGAAUAUAAAACCCCCAGGUGCCGUUUUUGUCACUAACAAAAUGUCACCAGAUAUUAAUAUCAUUAAAAAAUGCAACAUUCAAGUAGUGGAUGAAAGUUUUAAAGAUAUUUUAGAUUCUCCCAAAGUCAUUAAUAAUCUGGAAAAUCCAUUAAACAAAAAUUCUAUAGAUUUAGAUGAAAAUAUCAAUUUAAUCUACUAUAGUUGUCAUCUACAGUCACUCAAAUCCCCCACUUCUUUACUAGUUAGAGGCAAUAGAAUGAUAAAUCUACCCAACACUUGUACACAGCCUGCUUGCCAAUCUUCGGCUGGGAAAUGGCAUAUAUCCCUCCCUGACACUCCUGCACCUCGUUCUCGGCACCAAUCUAUCAAUUGUGACUACAGUUUUUCAGGAUGCUUGAAUGAUAAUAAGGGGGAUCACAAAAAUUUUCCCAAUGAAAUGAGGGGUGUUAGAAGAAGGAGGCCCAUAUCACCAAUAUCAUGUGACCAAUACCUUAAUGAGCCAUCCAAUAUAGAUCAAAUAGAUAAUUUUAACUCGAUUGAAGGUUCAUCUAUAUUACCUAUUCAGCGACUAAGAGGGGACCCUUCCAUUUAUAAAAAUUAUCAAAGGCAAGCUCAAAAUUACCCCUUUGAACAUUUAACCAAUAAGGAAAUUCAAGGGAAAGAAAACAUAUCCACUCUACCAUCUCCCUCAAUUCAUUACUAUGAUAAUCGAGCAGGGGAUAGGAAUAAUGGAAUAAAUAAUGCAGAAUACCAUCAACAUGAUAAUAGAUUUUUUUUGCCAGAAAGAACUAAUAUGCAUUUUAUUCAUCCACUGGAUAGGGAAUUUAGUGAUCAUCAGUAUUGGAAAGGAGCAAACAAUGAUCCAACAUCAUUUUCUUACGAAAAACAUUCCUAUUACCCAUCAACUUACAAUGACACACGAUUCCCGCCAGAUAUACCACCUUAUUUCCAUACCAGCUAUGAUCCUAAUUAUAACCCUGGCUAUAAUAAUCAGGUGACCCAUUUAGGCAAUCUAACCCUGCGAGAACCACCUUUCACAAACCGUAUCCACAACAUCGAUAUUAGUCGAGCCAAUAACACCGAAAAUAACUCCAACAAUCUAGAAAAUUUUAAUAAUUCUUUCAAUACCCAUACUAAUACUAAUACUAGUUCUAAUAGUAUGAGUAGUUUUCCCAAUCACAAUGGUCGCCAUAAAUAUUUGACCUGCAAUAAUUUCUCCAACAACUUUAGAAGUAAUCACGAUCCUAAGACUUAUUCGAGUCCGUUCACGUGUUCCAGAGAUCUUAACGACCCUGCCAGAUUUGAAAGGGUCAUCGAAGUCUCCGGCUUUCCUACCGAAUUCAAAACUCUUGAUCUCAAGGACAUUUUGACAAAUUCUGGAGAUUCCGAAUUAGAUAUUCUUUGGGUCGAUGACAAUCACGCUUUGGCUGUAUUUACCUCUUCCAAAUACGCGCAAGAUGCCCUUAAUCUAAAUCACCCUUUGUUGAAAUGCAAAUCUUACGAUCAAGCUUCUUCCAAAUCCAAAUUAAAAGCCGAAAAAUCCUUAGACAGCGUUUUUGCCAAUAUGAUAUGCUCUAAGCCCCGACCCCAAACAACGGUCGUUAUAGCUCGAAGGUUUAUAGAAGGUCACUUAGGUAUUCGGGUGUCUACCGACGAAGAAAUAAGGCAGAAACAGCUUAAAGAAUUUAAAGAGGCCGUUUCCGAAAACAAGCGCUUACAAGAAAGUCGCAACACCGCCGAUGUUUGGGAUGAAAACAAGGAGUAGUAGGUGUACAUAUAGUUAAAGAAAAUAUAUGAAUCUGCUUCAAAAAUCUAAAUCUAAUAUUUUAUAUUCUCUCUGACUUUAAUUAAAUUAUUUAAACAAAAAAUUUAUUAUUAGAAAAUAUUGAUCUUGUCAUUGACUUUGACAUGAUAAAAAAAAUUGCGUCGAAAUGUUCUUAAAUUUCGAAUUUUUUAAAAUAUUAAAAACUAAUUAUUUGUGAAUUGAAGUUAUAAAAAAAUAAUUGUAAUUGAUACGAAUUCUUUCGGCAAUUUUUCCCAAUCAUUUUGUAAUUUAUUUAAAAUGUUUUACAAUGCUUAUUUAUAUAUAAACCAAAUUAUAUAUUUUUUAUAUAGACUUAGAAUCAUAAAAAAUGAUAUAAAAUGCUUCUUUUUAAAACAAAAAUUAAUUUUAAAAUCAAUCUAUAUUUUAGAUUUCACUUUCCCCUCCAAAUAAAAUUCUUUAUAUAAGAUUGAAUGUUUAAUUUAUAAUAUAUUGA